AAAAAAUAUAUAAAUUUCCUUUGUGUAUAUAUUAUAAAACAUUUAAUAUGCUUUUAUAUUAAAUAUCACAAUGAAUGUUCCUUUAUCAACAUGGCGUCCAUAGCGACAAAAAUGAUGUUCCUGUAAACACAUUAUAACAACAGGCUAUAGGUAAUCACAAUGUCUGAAGAGAAAAAAGAAAUUCCAGAUGAAGCUUUGAAUGAGACUUUUAACCCAGAUGAGAAAGAAUUAACUUCCCAGCCACCUAACCAACCUCCAGAUUUACCAAAUAUGUCUUCAUCAAGCACAUCCAUUUCAUCCCCAGUUACCCCAACUCCAAUUGUCUUUAGUUUAAAUCAUCAGACACAUCAUAAAGUUCAAGUUCCAAAAUCUACAGUAGAGCUUCAACCACCAACAAUGUUUGGAAGAGUAAUUGAAAAUUCUGUUACUUUUUGUAUUGACACAUCAGGUAGUAUGUUUAAAUAUCUUGAUGUUGUUAAACAACAUUUGAUGGAAACACUGUUAUCUUUGGCUGCUCGGGAGUACCAACCCAUGUUUAAUUUGAUUGACUUCAACUCCCAAGUAACACGAUGGGCUGAUAAAAUGGUCAAGUGUACCCCAGAAACUGUUGCAGUGGCAGAAAAAUGGAUCAAAGAACUCCAGGCUAAGACAGGAACUAACACUCAGGAUGCUCUGCUGACAGCUUUGUCAGACCCUUUAUGUGAAGCAAUUUAUCUGGUCACUGAUGGGCUACCAGAUCAAUAUCCAGAAGAUGUUUUGGAUAGCAUUGUUGGAAUUUGUGGAAAUAGGAGAGUUCACUGCAUAUACAUAACUGGGGAAACAGCUGAUGAAACUGCUACAGAGUUUCUUGAGGAUCUUGCUGUAGAGACAUUUGGUUCAUUUCAUAUUGUCACACUUACAACACAUGGCUGUAUAGAGCGAAUCACACCCAUAUAUCGAUCUGACCAUUCUCAUGAAAAAAUAGUUCAAACUGUGAAUAACACUCUUAGGCCAAAUAUAAAAAGGUGCAGUAUAGCAACAUCAUUGCAAAUUAAUCCAGAAGAAACCUUAAAUAUGGUCCCUUACACAAGAGCACUUUUGUAUAACUGGGGCCCUCAUAUUUCACCACUAAUAGGUGUUGGUCCUGCACGCUAUUAUUAUCCAUACUAUUGGUCCAGAUAUCGGCCAGCUAAGGCAUGGCUAAAAAGCCAGGAACAGUCUUUUAUGGAUCCAUUGUUGGGUCUUUCACCAGCUGCAGGUAGUUUGUUGAUUGGUAAAAAAGUAGUAGCCAGAAGAAUUGAUGAUGGAUUCUUUUACAGAGCAACUGUUCAAAGUCAGAAUCUAGAUGAAAAAUUUCUUGUUGCAUUUGGUCCCUGUAAGCAUGGAAAGUAUUUACAAACAGAAUAUCAAGACACUUAUGUUUUUGAUAUUGUUGAUUACCAUGAUGCUUUGCAUCAUUCGAUCAUCACAGGUGAUAAUGUUUUGGCACCCUGGGAGCCAGAUGGAGAAAGAUUUGCACCAGGUACAGUUAUUGAAGGCCAUGAGAAACGACAUGCAGAAGGUCCAGAUAAUGUACAAUUGACAGUAUUAUUUACUCAUGGUAUAACUGAAAAAGUUCCUCUGAACACAGCAGUUUGGAUUCCACCAUCUGUUUAUGACAGGUUAUCUUUGGAGCUACAGAUGCCAAAGGAAGCUCGUAAAACGUUAUUGUCCUGCUCUGAUAAUUAUCCUAUUGAUAAUCUGCCAGGUUAUCCUACAUCCGGAACUUUAGGGGAUCCACCAGAGUAUCCAACAGCAGAUCCUUUUAUUGUCGAGUCAAAUAGUUUUUUGUGGGAUCAAUACUUAUAUCGUUAUCCACCAUAUCUUCCUGCUUACUACAGGCAUUUCCCAUUUGUUAUUAGUAAACAAAGAAGCAAGAAAGAGGAAAUACAUGUCAGUGACACAGCUGAAGACCAUUCAAAAGUUAUCCCUGGAACCAAUUUGACUAGGAAAGAAUUAGAUGACAGAGUCAUGUCCCAACUAAUGGAACAUAGGCUUACCAUGGAAGAAAAGGCUGACACUUUUGAAUCCAAAAAAGAAGAUCCUCUAAAACUUUUAACAAAGCGAGACAAAACUGAUGAGAAUCUUCUAAAAAGAUCUGUACAUUUCUGUGAAGAAAAAACUUCAGAAAACAAAUAUAAUGAAGAGAAAUAUUUAAGGAAAUCUGAGUUGGAUGAUUAUGGGGACCAUCAAAACAUGAUUGAUUCCGGAGUGAAUACAGACUCCAGCUUGUUGUUUUAUUCAACUUCAGGUAUUAGAGAGAGACCAAGGUGGAACUAUUGGAGAAAUGACCCCAGCCCUAAUUACAGUGAUGUCUGGGGAAGCAGUGCUGGAGGUGUGAAUAGAGCUAGCAGUGUUGGUCCUUUUCGAGAAACUGCUCUUCAAGCACCUUUAGAAGCUAGAGAUCAAAGAGAAUAUGCAUUCAAUGGAGAAUGGCCAAGCUCUGCUUUUAAAUUUGUGGAUACUUUUGCAAAGCAUGAUCAUUCAAGUACAGUUAAAACGUGUUUGAUGGGACCUCAACCACCACCAAAAAACGAAAAUUGUUAUGAGCACCAUAAUUAUACUGUACAUUCAAAGUCUGUUGUCAAUAUGACAACUGAAGAGAAAGAAGAAGCCAGGAGAGCUAAUAGACGCAGACGUGUUAUAAAGAGGGAAGCAGACUGGCAAAAAAGGCUUGGAGAAGAAGACCACAUAAAAGGACUAAUGCAGGAUCAUCACAGAGAAAAAAUUUUGAUGCAAAUGGAAAGAGAUCGCCAGCGCCAAAUAAAAGAGAUGGCAGACAUUCAAAGAGUGAGAGAAGCCAAAAAGAACAUUAGUUCAGAACUGAGAGCUAAAAUUGAAGCUAAUCAGAAAGAUGAAGCUAGUCGAGAAGAAAAGCGAAUAGAAGCUUUAAAACGUCGACGAGAAAGAAGAGAACAAAUCGACAGACAACGAGAUAAAGAAAUUGAAACAACUUUGGCUAGAAGAGAGCUCAUUAAAAAACAAAACAAUGAUGCUCGUCUUACUUCAUGGACACAACAGCUGAAUGAACAAGACUCUAAAGAGGCUGCUAUUGAAAAGCAGCACAGAAAUGCUAAACUUUUGCGUUUAAACCAUUUCAGAGAACUGGAAAAAAUAGCCCAGAAACAGAAAGAUUUGAGAAUAGCAGUCAAAAAAGAUAGCCAGGCUUUAUAUAAGUCUCAAAUAUUUGCUUAGUAUAAUAAAGAAUGCAACUACAGGUUUAUUGCUAAGAAAGGAAGAUCGUUUUAUAGCUGCAUAUCACAUAUAUAAAACUACUUUAGGUAAUAAUUUUUAGAAUAUUGUAUUUUUAAGUCUUUUCUAUAGAAUAAUAUAUAUAUAUAUAUGUUUUUAAUAGUGCCAAAAUAUUUGUAUGUUUAAAUUUCAUAUAAGUAAUUACUUGUAAAAAUAGCUGGAAUUUUGGUAGUGCACUAAUUUAAUGUUGUUUUAAAGCACUUAUUGAUCCCUUCUGUGAUAUAUUUGAAGUUAAAAAUAAUAACUGCUUAUUAUGAUGAUGUAAAUGUUUCCACUUUUUUGUACUACUAAUUUUAUUUGUAAUUUAUCUAGGCUGUUACACAUUUUAAAAUAUUUUCAAAAUACAGUUACUGACUCUAGAUAUUCUGACCAUUAUAGGACCAGGGUUUCAGAUUACCAACAAUGGAUUACUAGAUAUCUGUACUUCAAAGAAUUUAACUGUAUAUGUCAAGAAAAUUCUAUUUAUGAUGUAAUUAGAUAUUCUCUUAGACUUUUAAGUUUAUAAAAUAAACAACAAAUAUUGGUCUAAAAAAUACAAGACAUAUGAUUUCAAUUUCACAUACUGUACCAAAUGAAAUUAAAAUACAAUUGAAGCCUCCCUACAUUCUAAAAUACAGAAUCAGUACACAUUAAUUAAAUAACUUGAUGUUGGUGCCUCAUCAGAUUACUGUGUGUAUCUGAUAUGUGUUGAAUUAUCAAGAGUCAACUUUAUAUAAUAAUAGGCAAAUCUGCUAAUUAGUACACUAAAAAAUAAAGCUCUGUUGUCAAAAUUGUUUAAAAUAAUUUUUAGAAAUAAAAGAUUAACCAUGAUUGACCAAAUAAAAAAAUGUCUAAAUAAUAAAUAAUGAACUUAUUUUGAAAGUAAAUAUAUCUUAACUUUUGUACAAUUCUAAGCACUGUUAAUAUUUUUUUUUUUUUUUUUUUGCAUGUCUUUCACAUUCUUGUAUUUGCAUAUUUAUCUCUGUUGAGGAGAUCAUUUACAUGCUUGUACUUUACUCAGAACAUAGCCAGUCAACGAUGCUAUUUUUUUUUCUCCUCAUGUUUAAUGAACUGUCUCUAAAAUGUUUAAGCAAUUAUUUUUUUUUUUAAUUUAAGUUUACAGGUUCUGAUAUUAUAUAUGUAUAGAGACAGUGUAUAGGGGUAUUCAAAAUGAGAUGAUUCAUUCUCCUCAGGAAUUAUCAAAUGUAAAAUUAUUAAAUAUAAUAUUAAAAUGUUAAAUUAAAUGUGAAGAAAAAAUAUUUUUAAGGGUAAAAAAUGAUUCUGCAGCUUGGCCAUCAAGUAAACCAUGCAAAACAAAAAAUAUGUAUGUCUUUGACCUCUGUUACGAAUAGAUAUAUAAGUGUAAUUAAGAAAUGUAAUUAAUGUAUUUAUAGAUAUUUUUUGGAUCCUAUCAUAACUAUAAAUUAAUUUUUUUUAAUGUAUGGUUUGCAGAACAAUGUGGAAGUUUCAUUCUUAUAUCAAAAAUAUUAAAAGCUAAAUAUUAAGUAACAGUAUCAAUUAUAUAAGUUAGCUUAUGUAAUUGAUACAAUUGAUAAUUUUAAAAGUGAGACAGUGGUAAACUUAGACUAUUUAUUAUUAAUAUAUUUUUUUUUAUAUUCAACAAAAAUCUGUAAACAUGUAACACUUAAUUGCAAUGAUGUUGAUUUUAUUUUAUCGGUUGGCCUACCACGUAGGACCAAUCACUAAUUUUAAUUAACUAGUGCUGGCACUGUUCUAAUUGAAUAAUAAUUUAGAAAAUCUCAUUCUACUUAAAAUUUGAACUAAAUCCAGCAUGAAAAUUAUGUUUGAAUGGUCAGUUAUGAUGGAAAAGCAAAUUUUAAGUACAUUAAAAAUGUAUAAGCCAAAUCAUUGAUAAAUAUUGUUAAAAAUAUUACAGGCCUAAAAUGAUUUUUUAAAUAUUCUUGUUAAGCCUAUACAUUUAAAAUAUGUUAGAGAGAGACGUUUUGUUGGCCCCUUUCUUUUUAUCAGGCAUUAAAACAUUUUUUUAAAAUUAGGAUACUUGAACUUCUAUGAGUAUGAUGUCAUUCUUUAUAAAUUGCAUAAAAUGAUCCUCUUUCUAGCAAUGAUAAAUGUUUUAUUUAUUUAUGUAUGACACAUUGCAGCUAGUAAAUUUUUGCACUUUUGUUUAUUGUUUUAAAAUAGAAAAAUAAAAAUAUGCUUUAAUAUUUAUAAA